AUGUCAUAUCAUAAAAAAGUAGAACUUGAAGCAGCAUGUAAAACAGAACAGAUACAUAUCCAAAAAUUACAGGAACAAAUGCAACUGUAUGAACAAAAGAUCAAUGAUUGCAAUAAGCUAUUAAAUGAACAGACAAAAGAACAAGAACAAUUAGAACAAAAACUAAUUGAACUGAAACAACAGGAAAACGGAAAUGUUAAACGAGAAAAUUAUUUACAAUUAUCAUUGACGAGUUUACAACAGUUAAUUGUUGAUCAAAAACGUGGAAUUGAAUUAUUAAAAGCGAGUGAACAACAAGAACAAAUAAAAAUAAAUGAAUGUGAAAAUGUGAUUCAAGAACUGAAACUAGAAUUAUUAGCAAAUGAAAAUGAAAUGAAACAAUUAGAUGAACAAUUGAAUGAAAUGAAACAUGAACAAGAACAAUUAAAACGACAACAGAUAGAUUUAAAACAUCAAGAAGAACAACUUCAAAAUCGCCUGAAAACAUUACAGCAAAUAUUGAAAGAGAAAGAACAAAAUAUUAAACAGAAAACAAGUGAUAUUGAUCGUUAUCAACAAAAUAUACAGAAAUUACAAGAAAAAGUGAACAUAUUAGAGAAUGAAGUGGUGAAAUUAAAUGAUGAAAUGUCAAAACAACGAGAACAAUUGUCAUUAGAUGAACAGGAAUUACAAAAACUACAAGAUCUAUAUGAACGAUGUGAAAAUGAACGAAAACGAUUAAAACAUGAACAACAACAGUUGUUGAAUGAACAGAAACAGUUAUUGCUAGAAAAAGCUAAUAUUGAACGAAGUCUGAAUGAAGCUCAACUAUUACUGAGAAAAGCAACAGAAAAUAUUGAAAAACAAAUUUUGAUAUUGAAUCAAUUAAAGUUAGAAUUAGAUACAUUACAACAGGAAUAUAAUGUACAAACUGAGAAAUUAGCAGAACAGAAUGCGUUAGUUGAUAAAUUAAAACGAGAACAAGAUGAAUGCAAAUUAAAAUAUGAACAAGCAGAAAGUGAACGGAAAUCAAUGAGUGAAUUACUGAAAUCAAUGCAAAAAGCUGAAGAAGAAGAACGACAACAGCUUGCUGUUGCUGAAAGUGAACAACGUAGUUUAAAUUCAGAAUUAAGAUCGGCGAAAAAAGAUCUUGAGUUAGCUCAACUAGAAUUGAAUCAUUGUCAAAACGAAGUAGAUGUUGCUGAACAAAAAUUAGACGACUAUCAAGAUGCAGCCGAAAGUCCAUUUAAUCUCAAGAAUUUCUCAGCAGCUUUAACAGUCGCAUCAACGAUAGCUAUGCCAGAAGUUCAAUUGCUCAAAACAAUAGGCUCAAUUAUACCUUAUAUUAUAAAAGGUGCGGAUGUAGCUGAAACAUUUAUGACAUCUGACAGUAAAACACGUGAAAGAGAAUUAACUAGAGCGAAAGACAAAUUAUUAAAGGCGCAACAAAAGUUAACGGAUAGUCAAAAUUCAGUUAAAGAUAUUGAAACUAAAUUAAAUCCAGUAAAAGCAACUGUAAUAAGAUUAAAUCAAAGCUACUUAACAAAAAAAAGUGAAGUUAAAGAUCAAAUACAAAAACUUGAACAUCAUAAUGAAUUACGUUCAAAAAUAAAAAAAAAUCUAGAUCAAAUAACCUUUGAGUAUAGUCAACAAAUGAUCGAACAAAAAAAAAGUGAGCAAGAACAAAAACGUUAUAAUAAAGAAAUACAACAAAAAAAAUCAAAGUUAAUAUUAAUUACAAAUGAUUAUGAAAAAGAACAAGCAAAACAUCAACAAUACAGUACAAAAUUGAAUGAUAUACAAACACGGUUCAAAGGCAUAAACGAUACAUUAGAAUCACAGAGUGUUCAAAUGCAAGAAAAAAAUUUUCAAUUAGAAAAUAAGCAAACUGAUUUAGAUAUUUUCUGUAAAAAAGUACAGGAACAAGAAAUAUUGGUUGAUAGACAAAAGGAAAAGAUAAACAAUUUGAAACAAGAAAGUAAUAAUAAUGAUAAUCAGCAACAAUCGUUAAAACGUGAUAUUAGAAAUGAAGAAUUAUUACAAGAAGCUAAAAAAGCAGAUGUUCAACAGUUGAAACAACAAUUAGGAGAACAACAAGAACAAUUAAGUAAUAUUAAACAUGAAUUAAGACAAAAACAGCAAGAUAUUCAAAAAUAUGAUCUAACAAUACAAACACUAGAAGAAAAUAAAUUAAAUGCUGAACAAAACAAAAAUCAAAAGCACCAACGAUUGAAACAAUAUGAAAAAGACUACCAACAAACAGUCGUACACAAACAACAUUUGGAACAGAAACAGGCUAGUAUGACAGAAAAAUUAAAAAAUUUAUUAAAACAAGAACAACGCUCAUCUAAAGUUAUAACAAAAUUCGAAGAAAAAUUAUGUAAAAUACAAAAUGAUGAAAAAUUAACAAAUGAUACAAUAAACAAUAUAAAUGAUAAUUUAUUAAAAUUAAAAUCAAAUAUUGAACAGAAGAAAACUACAUUUGUUCAUAUAUGUCAAAAAUUAAUUGAACAAAAACGAAUAAUUGAUGAUGAAAAAUUAUUUAUUAAAAAAUGUUCGGACAAUAAUAAAGAUUUAGAACAAAUUGCAAAUAAAUUAGAUGAUGAUAUUGGAAAGCAAGAAGAAAUAUUAUUUCACUUAAUUGAUAAAAAUCUCGAUAUUGAGAAACGAAAAUUAUCAAUUCAUAAAGAAUUUCUUGAUAAAGAACGUAAAACAGGUCUUGAACUUUACGCUAUUGGUGUGAAUGAUAUUUUAAUACAAGCACAACACAAAUUGCAACAAGAAAAUUUACAAGAAAAUAAACAAACGAUGGUUAUUCAAGAUAAUAUUGAACAACAAAAAUUAAGCCAUCAUUUUCAACUAUGA